AUGGAUGGUGAAAGUUCGCUCUAUGAGCCAACAGACAUCGUAGAUGGGCUGAGAAGAGCCAGGAUCCAUUCGCCCGGAUCUUGCCUGGCCUCGUGGAACUUUUCCGUGGACCCAUGCGACUGCGCCUUCUCCGACCGGUUCACCUGCGCCAUAAGGUGCGACCGCCUCGUCUCCGGCUCACCCCGAGUCACCGAGAUUUCUUUCGACCAGGCGGGUUACACCGGUUCUCUCUCCUCCGCCACGUGGUCCCUCCCUUACCUUCAGACUCUCGAACUCUCCGGUUACUCGCUCUCAAACCUGACUCGCCUCCGCCGACUCGGUCUUUCACGUAACUCGUUUUCCGGCGAGAUACCCGCCUCGAUCGGGUCUCUCUCCAGCCUAGAGGAGUUAUGUCUCGACGCCAACAGCUUCCGCGGCCGCAUCCCGUACAGCUUCAGUGGCCUAAUUCGCUUGAAAAGACUCGAACUCCAGGAAAACAAGCUCUCCGGCGAGUUUCCCGAUCUGGGUUCUCUCAGAAGCCUCUAUUUUCUCGACGCCGGUGACAAUGAGAUCGCCGGGCGAGUGCCGGCGCUUUUUCCGGUGUCGCUUACUGAGCUCUCCUUGCGAAACAACUACUUCGAAGGCAAUCUCCCAGAAAAUAUAGGCGAUUUGAGAUCUCUGCAGGUGAUGGAUCUGAGCCACAAUAGACUGACCGGUUUUAUAUCGUCGAAACACCUAUCUUUGCAGUAGCUCACACUCGCUCACAACAACUUCACGAUCUUGCAAGAAGCGGGUAACGAAACGGGUGUCCGGAGCAAGUUGGUAGCUCUGGAUCUGAGCCACAACGAGCUAAGGGAUUUCUAGCCGGCGUUCAUGGCGUCGAUGCCGAAGCUGAGGGCUCUGUCGCUGGAGCACAAGAAGUUCACAGGGAUGAUACCGGUGCAGUAUGCCCUAAAAGCGGCGUCGUUUCAUAGGCCGUUGUUGGGCGGGAACUACUUGUUUGGGCCUAUACCGGGCCCUUUAAUGGGCCUGAAACCGGGGUCUAUUAAUGUGAGCCUGGUGGACAAUUGUUUGUACAACAUAUGUAGCUUUCUGGUGGCAGCAAAAGCUGUGUUUCCCAUACUAACCUGUCAGUCUGCUUUUUAA